CUUUUAACUCAGGAUACCAGCCUUUAAAAGGUGUUUAUUUGUGGAUGGCACAGAUAAAAACAUUACUUGUGAAACGUUACAUUGUGGCACAGUAUCACUGGCUGGGUACAUUCAUCAGCUACUUUCUGCCUGGCAUUUUCGUGCUGUUAUUUAUUACUAUUGACACGUCAAUGAGCUCGAAACAUGACAAGCGAGAUGAACUCUUAUUUGACAUCAAUAUGUAUGGUAGCACGUCAGUUGUAUAUAACUAUGAUAAUUGCUCACUGGAUUUGUUAACCUACUAUAUCAACCAGUUUAAUCAUCAACAUCAGAGCAUCGACUUGACCAAACAGCAGGCGAGUAAACUGUGUUUCAGUCACAUGUGUAUUUCCACAUCCUACACACAUCUGUCAUUCAUCUUAGAGGAUUAUUCUGACUACGAUAAUUACUUGCUGGAAGCAUCUAAAUCACACGGAGUCUUGGACUUUGACCAACAAUUCAUUGCUGGUGCAGAUUUUAGUUGUGUUGAACCGACAUUUGAGUUCAAUAUUACUAUACUGUACAACAGUCAACCUUAUCACGCUGCUUUUGUGUCACUAAACCUCAUCAUGAACGCAGUAGCUGAUUACCUUCUAGAUAGUUCUUACCAUCUUUCUAUGGGAGUUCAUCCGCUACGUAAGGAAGGAGAAGCAGAGAUGGACUACAGAGUGUUUGACAGUCACCGUUCAGGAUUUUUUGUUGGAAUGUUUGUAGGGAUUGGCUUUGCAAUGUAUGCAUCGUUGGUUGUGCAUUAUCUUCUUACAGAGAGGCAGUCUGGAGUGAAGCACAUGCAUGCAAUAUUUGGUGUUAGCAUGACUACCUAUUGGCUACCAACUCUGCUAUGGGAUGCAUUAAGUUUUAUUAUUCCAACAAUAAUUUUGUUUGUGAUAUUUUUUAUAUUUGAGAAAUGGGCAUUUUUACACGGAACCAAUUGGAUUCUUGUUAUUUUUGUGAUAUUCUUUUUUGUUUGGGCAAUUCUUCCUUGCACUUAUGCUUGCCACUUCCUAUUUACAACGCCUUCUUCGGGAUUGGCUGGAAUGAUGAUUUUCAAUCUUUUCUCAGUGCUGCUUACUGAUAUCAUAGUCUUCGAGUUUACAAAACCAACCUCACAGAAUAAACAUCUUGGUCGCGUGUUUGCGUGGAUUUUUGCAGCAUUCUUUCCAGUAUUUAAUUUGUCACACUGCUUCAAUUUUAUUCUAAAAAAUUACGAGGCGUGGCAUAUGUGUCAGCCGCUACAGAGGGACUGUAGAUCUGGCAUUUCAAAUAUUUGUUGUGCUAACCAACCAGAUUUGUGCAGAUCAACUCUCGCUCAUUCCGAAUGCAUACACUGGCAUGAAAUAUACAUCAAUAUGGACAUUUAUGAUGGAAUUGGCUUCAAUUUAAUAUUUAUGUUCAUUCAAGGUCUUGCUGGAUGUCUCGUCGUUUUUCUUAUUGAAUUUGGAUUUUUCCACAAAAUAUUUGCUGAAAUCUGCGCUGUCAAUAACGCUACAAAUGCCGAUGGAGAUUUAGAAAUCUUUGCAGAGGAGGAUGAUGUGGAAGCAGAGAAAAAUCGUAUUACUAAUACUCCAUUACAAGAAUUAUUUCAAACAGAUUCACUGCUUCUCAUUGAUCUACACAAGAAAUAUAAUCAGCUGACAGCCGUAGAUCAUAUCAAUGUGGGUAUCCCAGAAAAAGAAUGCUUUGGACUUCUGGGUAAAAGUGGCGCAGGUAAAACUACAAUUUUCAGGAUGCUGACAGGAGAAACACCAGUUACCUCUGGCAAUGCUUUCCUCAAAGGUUUUGAUGUACGCUCUAGCCUUCGUAAGGUACAGUCCAAUAUCGGGUACUGUCCUCAGUUUGACGCUCACAUUGGAGAGAUGACAGCACGUGAUACUUUAACUAUGUAUGCCCACUUGCGUGGUAUACCUAAAGAAUUCAUUGGACACAUCGUUAAAAAUCUCAUAGACAUGGUGCUUCUCACAGAAUACACAGACCACGUAUGUGGAACUUUUAGUGGAGGUAAUAAAAGAAAACUGAGUUUGGCUAUGGCUUUAGUGGGAGAUCCUCCUUUCAUUUUUCUCGAUGAACCGUCAAGUGGUAUGGACCCACAAGCCAGGAGACAAAUGUGGAAUGUUUUAUCAACAAUUCGAACUUGCGGCCGGACAUUAGUCCUGUCUUCUCACAGCAUGGAGGAAUGUGAUGCCUUGUGUACAAGGUUAGCCAUUUUGUUUAGUGGACGAUUCAUGUGUAUUGGAAGCCCACAACAUCUGAAGAACAAAUAUGGACAAGGCUAUACACUGAUUAUCAAAAUGGAUGCACAACCAAAUGGAGGUCUCAUGUCAACUGGGCCUGUGGUGGAGUAUAUUCAAUCAGUCAUACCUAAAACUUUAGUAGUUGAUGAUCAUCAGGGCUACUGUCACCUGCACAUAACCGACAGCACAGUAGAUGUUGCAGAUGUUUUCUAUCUCUUAGAGAGUUGUAAGGAAGGUUUAAACAUCGAGGGCUACUCCGUGCAAGAGACAACGCUUGAACAAAUAUUCUUAAACUUUGCUAAAAGACAAGACCUGGAAGAUGAUGAUGCAGAAGAAUCAUGCUGGUUUCUGAAUGCAGGGUUUUUUGAUGACAAACUGUGUUAA